AGCAGCAGCAUCCGCACCAGCCGCGCCGCCACAAAGGGAGCUCAGUGCUGGUUGAAGCUCGACUCUCCGCUCCUCUCCUCCAGGGUUUGAGAUGCUCCGGCUCGGCGCCAGUAUGUGCGGCUUCUCGGCCCUGCUCCCGGUGCUCCUCGCCGGACUCGCGGCGGCGUCCUCGGAUUUGUUUGACAACCAGCUGGGCGACAUCAAUUACUGCAAAAAGCAAUGCCAACUCACCAUCAAAAACAAAAGCCCUGCUAAAGACUCCAUAAUGAACGCCUGUCAUCGUGGCUGUCGCCUCUACUCCAUCUGCCAGUUUGUCAAUGGCAACGCUGGCUUUAAUACCAGCAGGGAGGAGUGUCAGGGAGCCUGUCAGGAGGCCUAUAUUAAACUGCUGGAGCAGGAAGCUUGCAGCACUGGCUGCGCAAGCCAACCUGCUGAACCUGAGAUCAAGAGGAGGAAGCUGAAAGCCAUGACUCUCCGCCCCAAACCCCCUUCUGUGAUGGAGGCUGUGUCCAGUUGGUGCAAUGACAUCGUCAGCUCCGCACAGAGCUUCAUCUCCUCCACCUGGACCUUCUACCUGCAAGCCGACGAUGGAAAGGUUGUGGUUUUCCAGAGCCAGCCAGAGAUGGAGUACUCUCUUCCGGAGCUGCAGGCUCCUCGAUCCAAUGUGGCUGAAAAACCCUGGCCUCAGGUCCACUCCCACACCCAGAGACCCCACGGUGUGAGGGGACAUGGAGAGAAGGGAGCACCGAAAGCAGCAGGCAAAGGGAAGCACUCUGUCCAGCACACAGAAGAUCCCACAGCCGAGCACGACUUUCUCGGCUGCAUGUCAAGACGUUCAGGCCUCCCACGGUGGAUUUUAGCCGCUUGUCUCUUCCUCUCCAUCAUGGUCAUGUUGUGGCUCAGCUGUGCCAGCCUCGUCACCGCGCCGGAGCAGCACAUCAAAACUCAGCUGAGUAUCAAUGGCGAUAAAGAGUUUCUGGACAAUGCCCACAAAGUCAACCCAUACCACCUGAGCCCUGUGAUCGCCGUCACCGUGAAACAAUCAGAGGAGAUCCAGGAAGCAGGGCCGCUGCCAGUGAAAGUUGACCUCAACAAAACGUGUGUUUAGGAAUAGACCAGCGGAAGAACUGCUGUCUGGUUUUCCUGGGUAACCAUCUUUAAACUUUUUGGCCCAUCUGUGAAAGGAACUAAAGAAUGCAUCUCUUUUACUCAGUCAGCAGAGUUUUUAACAUAUUCUUAGGAGCAUGGCACCCUCCCGCCUUUCAGAUAAUAUAACCCAAACAUCAGGCUCGUGUUGGUUAGAUGGGGUUUCCGUUAGUUAUGCCCAUUAUGCAUCUCAUUUCAUCGAACAGUUCAGGUGUCUUCAGAUUAUCUCUAACGAUCGAACUGCUCUUUGCUGUUGCCUGAGAUAGUGCUCUUGCAUCAGAUUCGCACUAUGAGACAAACCAAGAGGAUGAAUUACUGCUUAUAGCUUCCAUAUCAUUUUUUCAUGUCUAGUGUGGGCAGGAGAAGACAGACACUGGCAUUUAUGUUAGUUUAAAUUCCCCUUGUUCUCACAGAGAUUUUUGAUUAAUUAGUGGCUUGCUCUGAGCAGAGGGUUGGAAAAAUAAGUUGUGGAGAGAAGAUUAAUUGAAAGUGAGCUGAAUACUUUGAGAGUACUCUCCCGAGUGUUGCAGGAAACAGAUACUGUAGCUCGCAUUUAACAGUCUGUUUACAUAAUCAGCAGUAUGAGCUGUGUAGUAAUACUGUCUCGAAAAUCUCCUGAAAUUGAAAGUUGUGCUGUUCAUCUUUGACUGUAUAAAAGGUGUGUAGUAGAGUAACUCUCUUCAGAGAAACACAAGCUCAACAUGUCUUUUCGCCCUGUUCCUGUGUCUCUGUGUUUGGAUUCAUCAGCAACAGCACACUUGAGUUUGCAGUGAACAAAUUCAAACAAGCUGAAUUAAAACUGUAACAGGACACUGUUGUUGAGACUGAACAAGGACAACACCUUUUUAUUUAUUUUGUUUUCUAUUGUCCCCAGUGUCAUUGCCAUGAUUUAUUUGUUCAAUAGUGUUUUUGAAGUGCCAUGUACAGUUAACUCAUCAUGCAAAUGUAAUUGCUCUGUAUGUAAAAAUACAUUGUAACACAGAUUGGAAAGAGACACACAAAAGGAAGAUUGCACCUAUUGUUGUACUAUGAUUAUUAUAUUCUUGCUCUCAUAUCACUUAAAGGAGUUCUUAGCUGUUAUAUGUGCCAUGUGCUUUCUAAUAGCUGACUAUUUUGUAUGUCCUAGGAGCACAUACUGAAGGAUAACCUCUGUAACAACGUGUAAUGCAAAGCUUUUAACAUAGACCUUUGUUAUUGAACAGAGUUGCACAGUAUUAGAGAAGAUUUUCUGUUACCCUUUCAGUGCUUUUGGUGUCCUGUAACGCUCUCUUUUAAUCCAGGCUGUGUAGACAAUAAACCUUGCAUGCAUGUGGA